AUGGGUAUACUGGAGAGGAUCACACAUGGACGAUCCUCGUCGCAGCCUCCCCCUUACUCUGAGCAUCCAGACUCUUUUGGCGGUCCUCCAUCGCCAAUACCACCACACGUCUACAAUCACCAGCAAUACCAGCAACCGCCGCAUCAUCCGCAGCAACAAUAUCCAUCGCAACAAAUGUACCAACAACAAUUCCUCCAAGCUCCUCAACCAUAUCAACGGCAGCUCAAUCUCGGCCCGCGAGUUCUCUGGGCAUCAUCUGAUGGUAUAAGCGGCGGUCGGGGUCGCUUGACCGCGGAAGAGGAUCGACACUCACAAGCACUUUACACCUACAGCAGUCACAGUCGAAACCCAAUGCUCCGAUUCAACUCACAACAUGGCGCUCCUUUCGCGUCUGUCACCAUCAAGAUUGCGCAAAGUCUCGACUGUCACAUCCACGGGCAAACCAUCCACAUUCCCUCCAACGGCUGGAUCGUUAUGGACUUCGAAUACAUGUCGGCCGCCUUGGGCGGGAGGCCGCUUUGCUGGAAACAGUCGUGGGGGAGUUGGACGGAAGAAAUGACAUGCCUGGCGCAGGAUAAUCAGAUGCCAGUGGCUCGGUGGAAGCCUGCUAGCUCGGUCUUGGGCUUUGGCAAGAAGAUGGGCAGGAUCGAAGUACUGCCCGAGUUUGCGUCGAACCAGCCAUUGGUGGACGAGCUUGUGGUCGUGAUGAUGGUCUCCCCAACCGCCCGCCUCUGCUUGAAAUUUGUACUGACUGCCGAGCAGUGA